CGAUCUGUUCGAUUAAAGUGACAAUUUACACUGAAUUGAAACAAUGAAGUUCUUUGCUGUCGUCGUACUUACAUUCUUCGCUGCUGCUAGCGCUACUCCAUGCGGUGGAAAAGGUGGCGGAAGUAGUGGUGGACUUCUUGGAGGACUCCUCGGAGGCGGAGGAAGUGGCGGUGGACUUCUUGGAGGACUUCUAGGAGGCGGUGGAGGAAAUGGUGGUUCAUGUGGCGGUGGAAGUGGCGGUGGACUUCUUGGAGGACUCCUCGGAGGCGGAGGAAGUGGCGGUGGACUUCUUGGAGGACUUCUAGGAGGCGGUGGAGGAAAUGGUGGUUCAUGUGGCGGUGGAAGUGAAUUUUCUUCAACUCUCAGCAGUCUCGACGUCACUGGAGUACUGUCGGGAGUUAUUGAAACCCUUACUACCACUGUGGAGUCACUCGUUGGUAGUUUGUCAAUCAUCGGUCAAUUAACUGGAGGAGCUACCGGUGGCAGCUGCGGAAACGGUUCAAUCGACUUUAUUGGAGACAUCUUCGCUGAACUCGAAGCCAUCGUGGAACUUAUCGUAAACUUUACAAGUAUCCAAGACUUCCAAAUCGAAGCAAUCAUCUCUGGUCUCACUAGUGUUGUUUCUAAAUUGACCGCUGCUUUCGGUGAACAAAUCAUCGGCACCUUCACAGCAAUCCUUGGACAAAUACAACAACAGAUUGAAGCUCUCUUUAAUGCUGUCACUAAACAAGCAAUCCAAGUAAUUGGACAGAUUACCGCCCAAAUUAGUGCCACCUUUACUGUCUUCAUCGAUUUGGUUGCUACCGUUGCUGCAACUGUAUCUGAUGCUGCCCAAACUGCCUCCAACGCUGCAUCCGACGCUCUCAAUGCAGCAAUUGCUUCAAUUUCCGGUGUCGUUGCAGUGGCUUCCUCUGCCAUUGAAACCGCUGUUGUUGCUGUUCAAGGAGCCAUCGAUCAAGUCGUUCAAACUGUUAGGCAGAUCACAGCUCAAGCUCAAGCUGUAGUCAAUGUCGCCCAGGACACCCUUGGCCAACUCACUGCAGUUCUCGAAAGUGUCAUCGCACAAGUGACUGCUGUCAUUGGUGAUUUUUCUGGUGCCAUCCAAGGAAUUAUUGAUCAAGCUACUAGUGUGGUUGGUAGUGCAACCGCCCAAAUUCAAGGUGUUGUCUCUGGUGUUGUUGAAGUUUUCUCAGGACUUGUUGCUCAAGUCAGUAGUUCCCUUAGUUCCGUGACCGGAAUCCUCAGCUCUGAUAUUGUUGGACAAAUUUGUGGACAGUUUUUAUCCAAGGAUCGUUGGAUCUUUAGCCACACAAAUUACGUCUGUAAUCUCCGAUCUUACUGGCUCACUUAGUAUAAUCGGUUCAAUCGGUGGAUCAAUCGGCGG